GGAGUACUAGUGUUCUGUGUCUGUGUCUUUAGCGGUCUGUCGCGUCGCCAUUUUGUAUAAAUGCAAGCGUUUCAAUUUAUGUUGACUGUUGUUUGUAUUGUGAAUUUAAUUGGUUAAGAAAAAAUGGGUGAAGACAAAGACCGUCGACGCAGAUCACGUUCACGAGAAAGACGCCGUAGUCGUUCGCGAUCUAGGGAUCGUCGAGAAAAAAGGCGCAGCAAAUCUAGAUCGCCAUCGAAGAGAUCCCGUCGUCGUAAGCCGUCUUUAUACUGGGAUGUACCUCCACCAGGCUUCGAGCAUAUUACCCCAUUGCAAUAUAAAGCCAUGCAAGCAGCGGGUCAAAUACCGGCGAAUAUUGUGGCAGAUACGCCACAAGCUGCCGUACCAGUUGUUGGCUCUACUAUAACACGUCAAGCACGACGCUUGUACGUUGGCAACAUACCAUUUGGAGUGACUGAAGAGGAGACAAUGGAAUUCUUCAAUCAACAGAUGCAUCUUUCAGGGCUGGCUCAAGCAGCCGGCAACCCUGUUCUAGCAUGUCAAAUUAAUCUCGACAAAAACUUUGCAUUCCUUGAAUUUAGAUCCAUAGAUGAGACAACACAAGCUAUGGCAUUUGAUGGAAUAAACUUUAAGGGGCAGAGUUUAAAAAUUCGCCGUCCACAUGAUUAUCAACCAAUGCCUGGUACUGAAAAUCCAUCUAUCAAUGUUCCUGCUGGUGUCAUAAGUACAGUUGUUCCAGAUUCGCCUCAUAAAAUAUUUAUUGGAGGUCUGCCUAAUUACCUUAAUGAGGAUCAGGUGAAAGAACUUCUGAUGUCAUUUGGACAGCUAAGAGCUUUCAAUCUCGUGAAGGAUUCAUCAACAGGUCUCAGCAAGGGUUAUGCCUUUGCUGAAUAUGUUGACAUAACUAUGACAGACCAGGCUAUUGCUGGUCUCAACGGUAUGCAACUGGGAGAUAAAAAACUGAUUGUGCAGAGAGCAAGUAUCGGAGCAAAGAAUUCCACAUUAGCUAUGACGGGUGCAGCGCCUGUGACGCUGCAAGUGGCCGGCCUGACGCUGGCUGGAGCGGGUCCACCUACAGAAGUGUUGUGCUUAUUGAACAUGGUCACACCAGAUGAGCUUCGUGAUGAAGAGGAAUAUGAAGAUAUACUUGAAGAUAUUAAGGAGGAAUGCAACAAAUAUGGUUGCGUGCGAAGUAUAGAAAUUCCGCGACCAAUAGAAGGUGUUGACGUACCGGGAUGUGGAAAAGUAUUUGUCGAGUUCAACAGUAUCGCCGAUUGCCAGAAAGCGCAACAAACACUCACAGGAAGAAAGUUCAGUAAUAGAGUCGUCGUCACCUCCUACUUCGACCCAGACAAAUAUCACAGAAGAGAAUUCUAAUGAUCUGUCCAUCUAUUCAUCUCAUUCUGAUUUCAUUAUGAACUAAUUUUCUACAACCUUGCAUUGAUUGACAUGUAAAUUUACACGAAAGUACAUGUACCUUCUAAAAAUUAUAUUAAUAAUAUGAUAUAAUAAAUAAAAACAAAUAC